ACUUCAGCAAGACGUGCAGACUCGUUGGAAUAGCACAUUCUACAUGGUGCAGUCUCUGAUUGAGCAAAAUGGGCGAUUGGAGUAUAUGUGUCUGAAAACGAGCUCCCUGCCACUCUAACUUCAAACCAGUGGAAUCUUCUGGAGAAGAUUGUAAAUGUCUUGGCUCCCUUUGAAGAAAUGACUCGUCAAGUGAGUUCUUCAGAUGCUUUAGCCUCAGAUGUAAUUCCUGCUGUCACUGUGCUACAGAGACUGUUGCUGAAACAAAUGAAUGAGGACCACGGAAUCAAAACAAUGAAGAGCACUUUGCUUGAUGCUUUGCAGAGGCGCUUUUCCAACAUGGAGCAAAACCCACUUUACUGCAUUGCAAGUUUACUUGAUCCGAGGUAUAAAGAUCAAUUCUUCUCCAACACAGACACUGCCAGUCAGGCCAAAGAAAUGUUGAUACUGGAGCUGCAAAAAAUGUCUGUGGGAGAGACAGCCACACCUGAGACACAUAUGGCGCACCAGCUGACAAAAGGUCUCACUGCGACAAGCCAGGUAGCAGUCUGGACAGUGUUUUUGAAGAAAUUGCAGAUGGAUGUGCAUCUGCAUCUGAGAGCAGAGCUCCAGCAGCCAUCACCAUACAGCUGGAAGCAUACCUUGGAGAGACCACUGUGCGUCGUUCAGAGAAACCCUUCAUGUACUGGGCAGUUAAUAAUCUGCGAUUUCCUGCUCUGGCUCAAAUGGCACAAAAAUAUCUUUCAGCCCCAUGCAGCAGUGUGGAAAGUGAAAGACUCUUCAGCUCAGUGUCACACAUUCUGACUGACAACAGAAGCAGGCUUGUAGCUGAACAUGCAGAGAUGCUUCUGUUCCUUAAAAAAAACCUGCCACUUACUUUUGAAAAAUAAUGCAAACUGAUUGACGGCCCAAAAAUUAUUGCAAAAGUAAAAACAUACUGUACAAAUGCUCUGAGGAACAUCCUUAGCUAAUGGCUUAUGAACACUUACACUUACAAUUAUUGUGUUGCU